AUGCAGACCGUUCCCAGUCUCGUGGGAACUGGCACUGCCGUUGCUGCAGCGUCCGUCGGUCUGGUCUUUGCUCAUCCCGACGCUUCGAGUUCCACACACUCUGCUUCCAACAGGAGGAUACUAGUCUCAGACCAAGACAUUCCUCCGAAUCAUCGACUGAGCAGCCCUCCCGUCUCCUCGCGGCCCGGCACCAGUUCUGUUGCCCAGUUGCCGACUCUUGACGACGCCCGCUACACGGCACUUCCCAACCACUUUUCCUUUACCUCCAACUCGAACUCGAACUCGAACGACUCUCCUGCCGAACCCUCUGCGCGACCCCGCCGUCCUCUCAGCUCCCACUUCAACUUUGCGCCUUCCCUAUUGCACAGCAGGAGAGCGUCCUACGUGAAGCAGGGAGACCACGCUGCGCCCUCAGUCACGGAGGAUUCGAGAGACUCUGUUUCUUCCAGUGGGUCAUGGAUGAGGCGCCUGUCACUACGGCCUUUGUCACAACACGGAAGCAUCAGGUCUAGUCUGGGAUUCGAUAACCAGUCCGUCGCCUUUUCACACGGUUCCGCCGCUCCGAUCCUGUCGCCUACCGGUUCCAUCCCUCCGCCGUUGUCUCCGAAUAAACUGGUGAAGCGACCGCCCUCGGCACACCAGAAUGGGCCUGUGAUGCGCCGCCGCUCCAGGACACACCUUCCCAGUCUUCGCCGACCAGCAACGAGCCACCAAAGAUCCGCCACCUUGCACCAGAUCCAUUACGACGGAAAUCUUGUCGAACCUAUCGCGGAACCCAAGUUCUCCUUUGACCAAUACCUCCAGGAAGCAGGAGAGGGCCCCGUGCCGCCGCGACCCAAGGGCGACUCGACUUUGCAAAAACCAAAGUCAACUACCAAGUGGACCUCUUUUUUCCACAAUCGCAGAGCAAUUAUCAUUGCGCGGAGCGCGCCUGACCGUUUGAUUGACCGCAGCCCCAGCGCCCGAUCGACCUCCGCGACAACAAAACGCAUACUGGCACCCGACGGCCAAAAACGGGAUAUUUAUUUGAUUAACAGCGGCAUGCUAGGAGGCUCAGUUGCGCCCGUCGAAGAAGCCCCGGUUCUCAUUGAAGAUCCGCCAGUCCUCGACGAGACAAACGACGAAGCUCAUUGUGAGAAGGAGGAGGAGGUGGAAACAGAAACACAAGAAGAUAAUACCCUGGCAACAUCAGAAGACACCCCGACCAAGCGUACGCGCCGAUCGCUUUCAAUGCAUUUCAACUCCCCGAAUUGGAUGCCAAGGACUGGCAGCCUUCGUCGGACAAAACGCGGGGCGGAAUCUAAAGGCGGUGGGAAUAAGCGGCAUGUGUCUGCGCCUGCGACGACAUCCCCCGUUCAGGCGCAGGACAACCUUGCUGCGCCUGCAGACGAGUCUCAAAUGUCGCCAAACCAUCACCCUGUCGCCAGCCUGGACCCCACAACGACUACACACCUCAGAACACGCAGCCGUAACUCUUCGUCGCCCUUGCCGCCGCUCUCGCGUCUUUCCAGCUUUAACGUCGACGUUUCUAGACUGGGCUCCUCAUCGGGAGGCGUUACUCCAUCUCCCCGCUCGAUACAUCCUUCUGGCAGUUCUCAGGGCUCGGCAGCGUUGGCUGCGUACAACCGCAGCGCUACGACGGACCGCAGUUCGACAAUGAACAGUUCGGAUUUCGAUGCUAGAUUUAUCUCUGGCGACGAUGAUGACACGGACUUCAAGAGCGACACCAUCUUCGACUCGUUGCGAACUGCCGAGUCCGAUCGCAAUCGCGCAGCGGAAACCCCGCUCGACCACAUGUUUGAUGAGUCGCCCCCAAGCACUGCUGGUCAUCCCAAGACCAAGCGACUGUCCAUCCAAGAAAUGCUCGGUCACUCUUGGGAUGCCGAUGAUAGAAUUGUGGAAGAGGACGAAAACAUGCCGACACCGGUGCGUGUCCAUCACGAACCUAGGAUUCGUACCGAUUCAGAUACGAUGGCGCCGCGCUACAGCUUGGAACGGCCCUCGAAUGAGUACUCACUUGGAAGCAAGGACUAUGGUCGCCUGUCUAUCGAGGACGAUUUCGACGAAGAUUGGGCACGCGGCGAAGACGAAAUGGCUUAUAGCAACCAGCUCUCGCCUCCAAGUUCGAUGAAUUCGCGCGGCGUCAGCCCUAACUUGCGCACGGCGCUUGCCAGGAUUAGUGGUAAUGGCAAUGCCGACGUAACGCACGACCCCAGUGAGAGGCCUAGAAGCAACAUAUUCGACUGGAGCGAACCAACCCAAGAGAAGGCCGAACUGGGCAGCUCUUUCCGACCCAAGACCGCCUAUGGAAAGCAAGAACUCGACAUCAGAGGCGGUCGUGCCGCUAUCCGGAAGGGACCUUCGGCCAUGCACGUCCGCAGCCAGAGUGUGCCAGUGGUCCACGAUCCUACAGACAAAGGACCAGUCAAUCCCAAGUUCGGCACCUGGGGUUUGAGCAGCAAGACUGUCAGCGAGGAUUGGGACGAUGACUUUGAGUUUGGUGGCAAUGAGAGCGAAGACAGGGAAGCCGAAAAUGCAUUCGCAAUGGUUGUUCCCGCCUCCAUUCAAGCGUCACAACCCAGCCUCAAGCAGCAUUCCGGUCACAUCAGAGAGCUCUCUCUGCUCGUCAACGACCUCAAGCGGUUAUGUCGCCAUGGUCGGGAUCUGGACAUGCUUGGCGGUUCCAAUGCCGGUCUCUGGGAGGAAGCUGAGGGGAUCAUCGCACUCGCAUCACCUGAUGAAGAUGAAUUGGAGGGCAUGGACGUGGACUCUUCUUCCGUCAUGAGCGGCUUCGAUGCUGCGUCGCCCGCCCCCAUCGAGAAGGAAGAUCCGUUUGAUGAAGUGCACGAGAUCAAUGUCUCCAAGACGGCUGUCAUUCGCGAACGCCCCGCUGGUCGCCGACGCUCGGUCUUUUCUCCAGACGACGACAUCUUUGGCGGAAAUAGCCCCGCUCCAGAUGAGCUUCCUCCGCCCCGACCAAGAACACCGGAGAAUAAUAUCAAUAUGGGUGGCCACGAUGUGACCGAUAUUGUCAGAUCCGUCCUAGACGCCAUGCAGCAACGAACUGUCUCUGACGCUGCCCGCGAUGACAAGUUGCACUUUGGCACCAACAGCCUCAAGGCUCUCGUCAAACGCGCAGGUGAUCUUCGGGACAUCUUGUCAGAGGUUAUACGUCGUGCAGAUCAACUCACGUCGAGCCCUGCCCGAACACCCCGGCAGCAUAGCGAUAGCCCAGCCUUCACGCGGGUCUUCACCCCAGAGCAUACCCCGUCCCCAUCCAGUCCGCCAAAGAAGUUGCCUCACAGUAGAAGCACAAACUCUGGACUCGGUCGCGGAUCAGUAGACGCCUCACCAUCAAGUGGCUUACAAAGGAUGCAAAUGAUGACGGUCAGCUGA